UGAGCUUCAAGCGAGCGCGUGCGAGCCGGGCCGCGUCCUAUAGGUGCUCAUACCUUAUCACUGAGUUCAUAGAGCCUAUCGAACUGUUGACUACCGUGGACUUUUGGAAGUGAAGUAUUUGUUGGUGCCGCAUGCUAGCGUUGCAGGAAGCUCGUGACCUGAAGGUGGCUCGACCAUGUUGAUAUCGGCGGGCAGUGGCCCCACGCCCGAGUUCUCCCCUAUCUCGUGCUGCGCCCCCUGGAAAAUGGAGCCAGCACCCCCAGCCCCUGCUGCCAUCGCACAGUCGCUCAACAUAUCACCUAACGUACCUGUAUCUCCAUCAUCGUCUGGCGGCGGAGCUGGCGGUGGGUCUGGCACUCCUCUGUACCCUGGCGCGGCCUCCCACCCUCUCUCCUCCCUGCUGUCACAACAGAGGCUACUGGAGCUCUCCCGCUUCGGGCUCCGACACUACGACAUCGCGCACCAUGUGCUGUCACAGCAAGGUGCUGUAACCAAGUUGCUUGGCACUCUUCGACCACCAGGUUUGAUCGGAGGCAGUAAGCCUAAAGUAGCGACUCCUGCCGUGGUCUCCAAGAUAGAACAGUACAAAAGAGAAAACCCCACCAUCUUUGCCUGGGAGAUUCGGGAAAGACUUAUUUCUGAAGGAGUCUGUACAAACGCUACUGCCCCCAGCGUAUCAUCAAUUAACAGGAUACUAAGGAACAGGGCUGCGGAACGAGCUGCUGCAGAGUUUGCGAGGGCUGCAGGCUAUGGGCUCUAUGCAGCUCCCCCUCCUUAUGGGGCAUUUCCUUGGGGAGGCGGUGGAGGAGUCUGGCCUCCUGGCUCACUACCCUUACCUCCUGGAGUACCGGGUCCACCAUCAGGAGUACCACACCCUGAUGUUAAUCAAGGAUUCCUAUCUUCGGGACGAGGAUUAAUAGAUGUAGAUGGUGACGACUCUGGCUCAUUAGACGGAGAACAACCGAAGUUCAGAAGAAACCGCACGACCUUCAGCCAAGACCAACUUGAAGAACUAGAGAAGGAAUUUGAAAAAUCUCAUUAUCCUUGCGUCUCUACACGAGAAAGACUAGCGUCUAAAACAUCAUUAUCAGAAGCACGAGUUCAGGUUUGGUUUUCCAACAGACGAGCCAAGUGGAGACGCCAUCAGCGCAUGAAUCUCCUGAAGCGCGGUGGCGGCUCGCCCCCGCACCGCCUCCCCCACUCCCCCUCCCGCUCCCGCUCCCGUUCUCGCUCCCUCUCUCCCACGCGCGUCUCUUAUCACACCCCGCAAAUGGGCGGAGAAAAUAGCGCAUUCAAAUCACUUUCGCACCAAGACACCAACGCCCUGAAGGCUUUUGCGCAUCAACAAUUUGAUGCGAACGCACUGAAAGCACUUUCACAGCAGACAGCGUUUGAUGGAAGCGCUUUUAAACCACACCCUGCGUUAGAGAAUAGCGCGUUUAAAUCACUAGUACCACAUUCAGCGGCUGCUGCAUUGUUAGCGGCGCAGUCGAUCCAGUUAGCUCGUGGAUACGAAUCACAUUCGGACUCGGACGAGGAGAUCAACGUGCACGACGAGAGUGACAACGAGGAGCGCACGACGAGGAGGUCGCGCUCGCCGAGCCCGUGCCGGCAGCGACCCACCUCCAGCGACCUACCACUACAACUCACUAAACACGAUCGUUGAUACAGUCAUUAUAAUUAAUUUAUUUACAUUUUACCUACAUAAAGUAUUACAAUUAUCAUUCCUAUCGAAUGUCCAUGUUCCGAAUAAUUAUGUAAAUUAAGAUUCUAGAGUGCUAAUACUCCAGUUAGUUUGUAAAUUAAUGUAAAUACCUAUGUAGAUAUUGGAGUUGUUAAUUAGUUUAAGGAAGACAUGAUUAAUUAUAACGAUGCACAAACUCCCUUUUAGUAGGUAAAUAGGCGAGUAGAUGGUGAUUUGUUGAACUGUUAUGUUGUGGGGUACACAAGGCAAAUAAUAAAUUCGAUUUCAAUGGAGGCAGUUAUGGUAAAGGUGUAUAGUUGUAAAUAAAGUUAGACAAUCGCGACUGAAGUUGGUCAGUGGACCUCUGGCGCAACACAUAUUUGUAAUAGACAAGGACUCUAACUGGUUUGUACUUAGAUAUUGUGAUACUUCGAGAGAGUAUACCAAAGUAUUAUUAAUCAAUGGUAAAAAGUGGAUUCAGGAGAAAAAAGUUCCUAACGUGAUUCAUAUCUACAGAGAAAUACAAAAUUUAGACAUAUUUACACAAAUUUUAGAUGAUUACAAACAUUUGAAAAGUAUUUGUUAGACACUGUAUAAGGUCACUAAAGUUUAUAAUUUCGGCACUAUUUAUAGAAUUCGUUAAUUGGGCGCUCUGCAUUCCAACGUCCCAAGUUGUACUUAAGUAGUUAUUUUUGUAAAUAUUGUUACAAUCAAUGAGCGUUGUAUACUAUUUAUUGCUUAGAAAAUUAAUAAUUAUUGUAAAAUAUAGGAGACAGUUUACAUA